AUGCAAACAACCCCCAAAGCCACCUCGGGAGAGUCCCCAUUCAGCUUGGCAUAUAGGACUGAAGCGGUUCUUCCGUCCAAGAUGGUAUUCCCGACCUUGCGCACCUCCCACUAUGAGCGAAGGCACUUAGAGGAGGGGCUGCAGACCAACUUGGACCUCCUCGAGGAGAGAAGAGCCUUGGCACACCUGCGCACCCUGGCAUACAAGAAAGCGACCGCUCGAAUAUACAACCGGAGGGUCCAUCCACGAUCGAUACAAGUUAGGGACCUCGUCCUCCGAAAAGCAGAAGUGAGCAAUCCGGCCCAAGCAAGUGGAAAACUUGCACCCAACUAG